AUGGUUGGGGUUAGAAUUAUGAAAGGCAGUGAAAAUGGAUUCGCAGUUGAAUGUGUGACAUACUUGGUUAUGAGAAAGAAGAUGAAGAAGCAAAUUCAAAAGACCCUGAAAAGUUUGAAGCACAAAAGCGAUAACACUUCAAGUAUGCUUAGCUUCUCAGAUGAAGCGGAAACAAUCACGCUGAUGUUUAUCUCUGGCCAAAAAGGACACUCAAAACCCAGCAGAUGGUCAGCAAUAUCCAAGUUGAUGAAGCCUAAAAGAGAAGUUUGUGACUCUCAAGAAUCAAACACAAUUGAAUUUCAAAAGGUGGAUGCAGCCUUGCAGUCUCUCGUCAGUCACAAGCUUUCGUCUAUUGACAAUUUUCAUAGUGAUAUGGAAAAUUUGGAGCUGUGCAUUCAUGAUCUCGAAAUAGGUGUUGAUCACCUCUCAAGAAAAUUAAUCAGAAACAGAGUUUCCCUUCUCAACAUCUUCAACCACUAAUCAUAGUAUCUACUUGAUUUUUGUGCCCUCAAUUUUCCCCCACGAGUGUCACAAUUGUACAUGAAUGUGAUUACAUUUGUUUAUAAUGUAUUAAAUACAUAUCGAUUGAGGAUCAAACUAUUGUUACUUCAACAUCUAUAUCUUUUUGUAC